UUUUGUAUUGGAGAAAGGAAAAGGAAAUUUAUGAUAUAAGUUCAGAUGAGUUUCCUUUGGAGAUGAUGAAGACAGGAAUUGUAUGUUGCCGCGGAAAAGCAAAUGACAACACUAGGAUUGUUUAUUUCAUAGUAAGAAAACAAACCAAAGAUAUGAAAGCUAAAGUACAGAGGAUGAUAUGUCUAUGGUUGGAACGCAUACAACGUGCAGAACCUGGCCAGCACAUUACAUUCGUGAUGGAUGUUAGCAAAUCUUCACUGGCAAAUGUAGAUCUGGGUGGAAUUAAAUUCCUUCUUACAUGCUUCACUACUUACUUUCCAGAUAUGCUUGAAAAGAUUUUGAUAUUGGAAAUGCCCUGGAUAAUGAACACAAUAUGGAAAGUAGUGAAGCAAUGGAUGACAGAAGACCAACGUAAACGAACAAUAUUCUCUUCAUUUAAAGAUUUAAACCAGUAUAUUGACGCAGACAAUGCUUUAACAUACAUGGGUGGAAAGGAUGAUUGGGAGUAUUCAUUCCCUCCAUAUCCCAACGAGUCGCCUCCUAUUAUAAUGAAGCAAGAUUCAAGCAGCAAUUUUGAGUCAGAUGUAAUUAGCAUGGCAGAAGAUAACCUCGAAGAAGAAGAAAUUGUUGUGGAAGAUAUAGAAAUCACCCAAUGCUCUGUAAUUCCAACUUCCUCAACUGAGAGUGGGUACACCAGCAGUGGUGCAAGUGCAAGCAUUCCUCUCGUAACCACUGGGCAAAAGAUGGAAAUUCUAAAUGAUGUAGACGCUUCUAGGCUUAACAGCUCUACUCCAAAAGCUUCUCCUGUGAAAACAAACAAUAGAAGUCAGCCAAUGCAUUUACCCAACUUGGAUAAAGAAAACAACUCUAUACCGCCAAUGGCAUCAAUAACCCCAAGCAUCAACAUAGAAAAAACAAAUUCUGUUAACUUGGAUUCAACAUACAGUGGGGCGAAAAAGAACAAAGAAGUCAUGAAGAGUGAUUUGAGUGACCCAAGUAAAGAAUUACCACCGUCCGAUGAAAUAAUUAACCUUGGAAGUCUAUUAACUAUGAGCCCCGUUGCUGAAGUGAUCUUCAAACAGUCAACAAAAGAUUCAAACACGUCAAGAUAUCGAUCGAAUAUAACAUUAACCAAUCGCUGCAAGGAAGAAGGGAUGGUGGUUGCAUUUAAAGUAAAAACAAAUUCACCGGAGAGAUAUCAUGUUAAACCAAGCACUGGAAGCUUAUCUACAGGUGAAGAAUUGACGAUCAGGAUUCACCUGAGUCCUGGAUAUGAGGACACUGUAUCAAGGGAUCGUUUCCUCAUCCUUUAUCAGAAGAUGGAAGCAGGAAUGGAUGUUGCAGAGUUUUGGAAGGACCAUAUUGAUAAAUCAUCAAGAUUUGAGCACAGAAUACGGGUUCGUUUUGAAGCAACGUCAACAAACUUAAGGCUUGAACCACCAGUUGUGUUGAAAAACUCUAUCGAAACGACCAAAAUCUCAAAAUCCCCAAAUAAAUCUCCUAUAGCAGAUGAAGUGGCUGGUUUAAAUAGAGAACUUGCUCGUGUUAAGUCACAGCUUGGUCGCGCGGAAGAGAGUGUGGAAUGGAUUCGCAGUCGAUUCGUUUACUCUCUUCUCCUCCAAUCCUUCCUAAUUGUCCUCCUCUUCCUCGUCAUCUACAAGCUCUCCAACAUCACUUACAUUCUCGACCGCACGGAAAAUGAUCCGAACGGAAGAUAUUCAAACGUUGUGAAUCCAGAUGAACAUACAAGUUUAUAGGCCCCGCUGAUAUCAUAAUUUGCAGAAAUCUGCAAAACCAAGGGACUCAGCUAUGCAAAAUGCUCUUACGCUCUCUUGUCCUGUGUAUUGUUAUUUUAUAGUAAUAAGUCAUUUGAUGUAGUCCUCCUAUCAGGUGUCCGAAUUUAUUUUGUAUCCAAAUAGCUUGUCGGGUACAAUUUCGAUUGACUUAAUAUUUUAGCAUUCCGAUUUUUGACAAUUUUUUUUUUAAAUUUAUGCAAAUUUUCAGUGUACCUGUGCCCUGUGGUAAAGUUAUAAAUUUGUUGUACUUGUGUGCUUAGGUACUGUGUAAUUACUAUCUUUUUACAGCAAUAAUUAAACCUUAUUUUAAUGUUGCAUGUGUGGAAAACCUGUGACAAUGUUUUAGGUAAAAAAGUAAAACAGGAUUUUCUGUACUUGCAGAUAUUAAAUAUUUGUUUUGGUUACAGGUGCAGUUGAUUAGGGUGCAUCGCUUUAGUGUUUAUUACAAUACUGAUAUUUUACUUAUAACGGUUUAUUUAGCAUGAUUUCAAGAUGAUUCAGGAAAAAA